AGACCGAAGAUACACCCAUGCCGCGCGCAUGCGCCGUCCUUGUCGCUCGCCCGCUCUGCGUCGCUCCGGCAACUAGCUCCCUCGCCCUUGCUCGCCCUUCUCAACCGACACCGGUCGUCUCUUUCGCUCGCGUGCUCUCACCCUCUCUCCCUCCUUAUUCUCGCCACCCUUCGCAUCAGUGCGUCGCGCCGCGCCGCGCCGCGUUGUGCCGUGUGCCGUUCGUGUGUCUACCCGCGCCACUUUCUCUCUCUCUCUCUCACUCCCUCUCUCCCUCUCCCUCCCUCUCUCUCCUCUACCCGCGUUCUUUCCUCUUCCCAUCCUUGUUUCCCAUUACUUCGCGCCGUCCGUCCGUCCGUUCGCUCUCUCCCUCUCUCGCGCACCCUCUUUCUCGCCAAGUUUUCUCGUUCCUCUCUCAUCCCGUGUCCAUUCGUUUCCACCGUUGUUUUCUCCUCUCGUUCUUUUCGUCGCGCGUCCUCCCUCUCUCCCGUUUAUCCUUUCGUUUUCCUUCUCACGCAGCUUCAUCUUUUUGCUCCGCGUUUCUUUUCCGCGUUUCUUUUUCCGCUUUCACCUCCCGUUCCCGCGUUCCUCUCGUUCCCAACGUCAUUAUUUUUUUCCCUUUCCCCGCUAACCUCCUUCUACUCCUCGUCUAACAUUCGUCUCUAAUUUUCCUCCUUCAUUCCGUUCCUAUUAUGUCGCCGUCCGAUGAACCGGCUUCCUUAGCUACGAUACUCACUUUCGUCUCUCGUUCGCCAUUAUUUCGUUGAAACGCUGUUAACCGUAACAUCGCAAAACGAUAAAUUAAUUUGUUCGCAUAGCAACGAUGGCCGCGAGCGUUUCCGUUUCCAUUCCUGCUACGAGUUUGGCGUUGCGUCGGAAAGAGCAUCCAGAGAUGUCCAUUACGAUGCAUAAUUGCAGCGCGGAGAGGGCGGAAAGUUGUUUGGCAUGCGGCGCUCGAUGUGUGUUGUUUGCGACGCACGACGCGUCGUGUUUACGCAAAGGCCACGGCGGUCACUCGCCGGGCAGCGGCGGCAACGUGAAUCACUUACUAUCAAUGGGUCGCAUACUUAUCAAUCAGAUUGACGACGAGGACCAUAUGAAAGACAAAUGGAAGGGGUACUCACGCACUCCGAGCUGCGUGGGCCCGAGCCGCUGCGCGCGCAUCCUCCCACCACUCGCUUCUGGCGUGAUCGUCGCCACAGGUCAGAGACGGCGCCGGCCGUGGACAAUGGCGGACAGUGGGACAGCGAGUGUACGUGGAGGGGGUGUUCGCUGUGUCUACACUUUUUACAGUUCGACGACUGGAGCUUUGGAGCCGAUUUUCGGAUGUCGGAAGUGACUGAGCAAGUGGUGAUUCGCAUUGGUCUCUCGCGUUAAUCGCGAUGUGCGACGUAAUCGGUCAGCUCGCGAAGCGACGGAUGGACGCAGUGAAAUUCUCGACCGACGUGAAGUUGCCGCUUCAUUUCGUACGCGUCGUACAACGUAAUCGAAAAUCGCGAGUGUGUCGGCUGAAGAAAAGUGUGUGUCCUCGCGUGUCCUUCCGUGUUUGCUACCGGCGCGAUAAGUCGGGAAUCGGUGAUCGCGUCGCGUUGAUUAAUCCGCGAGAUGCGUGAUGACUGGCGUUCCUCUGGUCGAUUUGCGUGUGAUUUGCAAUGUGCGUGUGUGACGAGGCUGACGAGCGAGCGCCGGGAAGACGCGGGGGCGGCGGCAAUCGAAAAUGGCGGUGCAUUAUCGGGUGUGAAUUAUGUUCGGACUAAUUUGGAGUUCGGGAGUGUUGUGCGAAUGUUCAACGAAGGAACCUAGUGUACCUGAGAGGAGGAGGAGGCCUGGGAGGCAUCAGGCGACGGCGGAACAACCGUGGGAUCAACGUAGUCUACGAUGCUAUUUGUAAUUCCGCUGCUGCGCACCGUACCGCCAUGUUGAGCAGCUUAUUCGACCGGAAAUCUCGAUGGUCGAGUUACCGCCGUUACCGGCGGAUUUGCUGCGAGCUGAAAACGAAACUCGCGUAUGCGAAAAUAGCCCGCUCUUAUUGUAUCCCGACGCAACGUAUAACGUCCGCGAUUUUAUAUCGCGAGAAGACAACGAGUCACUGGAUAAAAGUUAUGGAGACGGUUCUCGGAAUGAAAUAUGCGCCUUUAAAUUGGAUCAGGGGAAGAUUGAUGAGCUCGCAAACGAUUACCGCGCUGAAACGUGCGUAUCUUUCAGCCGCGAAAGCGCGAUACAAAAGGAAUCUUGCGAGGAAGCGGUCAAGAGUGAUGGUACUCCCUCAAGGAACGAAGAUGAAUCUCGAUGCAAAUCGAAUCGUAGGAGAAAAACACGUCGCAGGUUGCCCGACGGAGUUAUCAUAGAUCUUAGCAAUGAUGUUUGCGGCACUUCUCGCGGCGGCAUGAGAAUCAGCGUUAUUUCCAUGAAUAAUUUGGUACCCGACAUGAAAUUUGUCGCAACGCCAAAGAAACAAUAUUCGACAACGUGGAAUUCUAGUUUGAGGAACAAAGCGAUGAAGAAAAUGAUCGACAAUUCUAUAUUGACCGUGCUCUGUGGAGAAAAUUGCAGCGAAAGAAAGAAAAGUCGAAGAUCGAGGAAACGCAGAUAUAAAAAUUUUUCGAGAAAAUCAUUGAAUAACGUAAUACGUAGAAAUGCUAAUACGACUGACAAUGUAUCAAAGAAAUUUGAAAAUAUUGAAGUAAACGAACAGCGAGAAUUACACGUUGAAAAUAAUAUGCAAUCGCUUUGUACGUCCAACGAGAUUUUUGGCUCAACGCAAUGCUGUCAUCAUGAUAAUACGCUGGUUGAUAUUGAUAACGCCCGAUAUCCAAUAUCGAACACAGAGCAAACAUGUGUCGGCGCGAGAAAACAUAUCGUAAACUACUGCUGCUCGAUUUUUAAUGACAAGCAUCAAGAAUAUCACAUUUGUGAUCGGGAGGAUUACAAUGCAGAUAGUUCCGAUUUCAAUGCGGAGAUGCAAGCUGAUUGGACAGUCGAGUGCUUUCAUCCCGAAUACACCCGCGCGAAGGGAUGUCGAUGUUUCUAUGACUCGAGCGAGUGCGAUCCCGAUGUAAAUAUGCAACGCGACUGUUGCUCCCUGACGUCGCGAAUGGUAAGACUGUUUGAGAAUUCUCCUCUUCCGAGGAAGCAUCAAAGAGAAGAGGUCGAGCGACUCGGAUCAGACGGGCUCUGGACGGAUAUCGCGCCUGAAUUCGCAACGAAAGCCGAUGAAUAUUUGCCAGAUGGAGUCGAACGGUGCAUGAACUGCGAGGCGAACAAAGGAAGUUCGACGAGCACGAUCCUGAUACCGAGCGUGCUCGCCGAACCCGGCAGCGGAAGCGUCGCCGAUCUGCGCGAUUCGCUCCCCUCGCUCCACGUGUCUCGAUGUGAAAUUGAUACGCGUCCCGGAAAGCACGACGGGUGGACGAUGGCGACAACGACGGCGGCGAAGAGAGACGACGAUCGGUCGUAUAAAUCAGAUUCGCUGAAAGCCGCCGACACGUGGGACACACGCGCGCGGAGAGACAACUGUAUCGAGUGGCGUUGCGCGGGCCGCGUUGUCGCGGAAUCGUCGCGUCCCGGGGAAAAAGGCGGAUCCACCCACGAAGUGGAUUCGGAGUGGAAACGGAGCUCCAUUGAAACUGACGCCCAACAAUUGGAUUACAAAUGGAAGAGAAGAAUCGCGACCGUAGACGCCGGUACACACGCGAGGGUGGAUUUCAAAAGAAAACGUGAUUCCAGAUAUAAAUCGGAAGAGGCGAUUCGUGUCCAAUUGAGCGAAAGCGCGGAGAUAAGGAAGCGCGAGGAGAGCCUGGAAAUGGUCGAGGCAACGUCACAAACGAGAAGUGACAAUACAAACGCUGACGACAAACGUCGCGAGACACGCGAUUACUCUCUUUGGACGAGUUUACAGAUGGGCAAAAUUUGGUCGCAAGUGCACGACGCGUGGAAGAACGUCGUAAAGCUCGCUACUACGAGCGUCGGCCGUGUUGUGAAGGAUGCUGCACCUCAAUCGGAAUGUUCGCAGAGAAAUCCCGUCGAAGUGGCUGACGUGACGCUCGUCGAAAGCUCAUCCCCGUGCGCCGACGAAAUAUGCGGUGAAACGUGUCGUAAAAAUUUAAUGCGCUCGAAGAGCGAAAAAAAAACGGAGGCGCGUCUAGAACGCACAAUCGGGGACGUGGGAAAAUAUCGCUGGGAUACAGAAGCACCGAUGCGGGAAGACUCGCGGGUCAUUGCGCCUUCUCACCGCGAUAUGCGGAAGCACGCGUGCAAAAACGCCGAAAAAGAAAAGGAAGAGUCGUAUAUAACUUACAGCGGUACGAUUAAUAGUGAUCCAUUUCCUACGCAUCUACCUGUUGCACUGACAGAGUCAUCGAAACUUGCAACUUAUAUUUAAUGAGCAACAUGCAUCGGAUCAACUUAAAAAAUAUACGUAACAUUUUUUUUAAGGAAAUAUUUUUUUUUUAUAGAAACGAUAACGCA